CCCUCUCACUCUAAGAAACAAGCAUCAGGAAUUAAAACCUUCAAAGCUAAAUUCUAGUCACCCUCAUCCACGCAAUAUGGCAACAUCCAAAGUUAGGUUGAAGCUUCUGAUAGACAAAAAGAACCACAAGGUUCUUUUUGCAGAAGCAGGAAAAGAUUUUGUGGAUUUCCUUCUAUACCUUCUUAAUCUCCCUUUAGGGUCUGUAAUUAGGCUCUUAACAGAGCAAGACAUGGUGGGUUGCCUAGGGGACCUGUAUAAGAGUGUUGACGAACUCGGUGAAUCUUACAUGAGCACAAGCAAAAUUAAAGAAUCCAUUUUGAAGCCAACAGUUUCCAUCUCCGCCACUGAAGUCCCUCUCUUAUUGUCUAGUGAUGAACUCCCCACGAAACUAUACAAAUGUCGACAUUGUAACAACAACACAGCUGAGGAACCAAAUGGGACUUGUCCUAGUUGCGUUUCUAUAGGAUAUCAUGAUGAGCGGGUGCCUUCUGCUGAGAAGGGUUUUGUGAAGGGUGUGAUAACUUACAUGGUGAUGGAUAAUUUGGAGGUGAGCCCUAUGUCUUCCAUAUCAAGCAUUACUCUGCUCAACAAGUUCAAGAUCCUGGAAUUAAGUGCACUUGAAGAAAGGGUGGUUGAUUUAGAAAUGGAUGAGGCUUUGAAGCUACUCAAGGAAUCUUUGCAGUCUAAAACAGUUCUUACAAAAGUCUUUCUUGGAAGCGUGGAGAAUCAGGAAGUUUAUGUGGCUCAGUGAUCUAGUUGUGGGCAUGGGAACUAGAAGUGUGUACUUCGGAAAAUUUGUCUUGAGUUUGAGUUUGAGGCAUGGUUUGAUUUCUUUUUGUCUUUUUGGUUGUUUAAAAUUUAUGUUGAGUUUGAAGCAUUGUUUGAUUUCUUUUCGUCUUUUUGUUUGGUUUCAGUGCCCUGAUGUGUCUUCGUUUGUUAUCCUGUGUAAUAAUUUUCUACUCUGGACAAUGGAAUCAAGUUUGCCUUCUUAGACAA